AUGCCAAUUGUUUUACCACCUCUGCCAUCAUCAUCGAAAAUAAUUUCGAGACCAAAACAAGUUCCUACUAUAUCUACUCAAUUACAAGAUAUAAAAGAGGAGCUCGAAGAUGAACUUGAGGAGGAAAUUAAAAGGGAAAGCUUUAACAUCGAGCCAGUUCGACCAAUUGGUCCUCUUGAAGUUGGUAAUGGCAAACCUAAUGGUGAGUUCCAAUUGAUGAACAGGAUGGGGCUGGACUCCGAUGCUGACUCUGAUUCUGAUUCUGAUUCGGGCAUUGAGUUUGAAACUAUUAUUAAUAAUGAAGUGGGAAAAAAACUUCAAAGUCUCUUUAUUAUAAGGGACGAGGAUUUAUCUUUAUUGCCACCUUUACCUGAUUCACCAUCUUCUGAAGAAUUCAAUAGGUAUAAUACAAGUAGUAUAAACAACGAUGAACGAGAAGGAUUGUUAAUAUCAUCAUCUUCUUUUUCUUCUUCCUGUGUUGAUGAACGUCAACAUGAUCCUAUAGAUAUUUUAUUGAAGAUUGAUUUACAUGAUAAUGAAAUGGAUGCCGAUGAUGAAAACAAAGACAUUGGAAAGGACGUUGAUCGUUCUUCAAAUUUAUCAGAUGCAUUAAAGAUACCAACUAUAAACAACAAUAUUCUAAUGGCUGUAAAUAAUACUAUUAUUACUAAUGAAAAAAAUUCAAGAAUACAAGAUCCAGAUUCAUCUACUUCAUCAAGAAAUAGCAUAAUAUCGUUACCUAUGACAACAAAACAUAGCUAUUGCUAUAGCCACGGUCAUGGCAAGAGAAGUUCAUCAUUAUCUUCUUAUUUUUCCUUCACUUCUACAAGGCCGCUUAGUAAUAAGUCUUCAUCUGAGACAACAAAUGAUGUUUAUGAUAUGAAGGAUUAUCAUACAAACGAUCAUGAUAAAAUUAGUAAUAGGAAAAAACAUACAUUGAACAUUAAGGAAAGAUUUUCUGAAUUUAUAAUGAACAGAAAGUUAUCAAUGAAAAGGAUUGUAUCAGGAUCGAAACUAACGGAAGGAAAUAAUGUUGACAGUGAAAACCAAGACACAUCUUCCCAUGUUUGUGAUAGUGUGUCACCUUUAGAUAAGAGGCGAAACUUCCAAUUCCUACCAUACAAUACUACUACUUCUACUACUACUACUUAUAAUAAUAAUAAUAAUAAUAAUAAUAAUACUAAUGGUGCCUUUUCAGGAAAGGACAUGGAUAGAGAUUAUAAAAAUCAUAAUAAUAUUCUAAUUUUGAUAGAUGCUGAUAAUAUUGAUAAGGAUAUUAUCGAAAAAGGGGAAGAUACAGCUAAAAUCAAUAGAUUAUCAUUUUCAGAACUCCAAACUGAAAAAAAAAUAAAUAAAAUCGAUGCAAUCAGAAAUGAAUUUGAAAAAAGUGGCUGGUGUUCAAAGAAUGAUUUAGAUGAUUUAGAAAAGCUUAAAACUAAAAUAGGUAAUGACUACCAUGAAAUCUAUUCAAAUAAGUAA